AUGAGCAUACCAGGCUCGCCGCCAGAGUUUAGCCAUCGGGGCGAUGACGAAAAUACCUCGUUCCUCUCACGGCAGCCCAGUGACCUGCCUGUGCCGGGUCAAUCGGAAUGUUGUGGUGACUCGGACUCGGAGCUGUCCCCGCGCACCCGUUUCCGCCUUUUAAUUACACUGAUCAUGAUAUUGUUAGCCUUUGAAAUUGGUGGACAGAUGAUCCCAGGCCCCAUGGUGCGACUGAUCGAGACCAUCGCAUGCGAUAACUACUGGCGUCAACACGACCCAGCUCGGCUGCCAGCGCCGGGUCAUCUUCCAGAACACCUGUGCAAGAUAUCAGCGGUGCAAACGGAAGUAGCCACGGUGAAAGGGUAUUCUGACUUGCUCGAGGCCUUAUUAUGUCUGUCAAUCUUGGUCUGGAAGUACAACGUUGAUGUUAACAUUGCCGCAGGUGCCAUUUGUGCUAUUCCGUACGGGAUAUUGGCAGAUAGAUAUGGUCGCCGGCGAGCCAUCCGACUCACUAUUCCUGGAUUUUUGCUCAACGCAAUCAUCACCAAUUCCGUCCUGUGGUUCUCUGAUGUUCUGCCUCUCCGCGCUAUCUGGCUCGCAGCUCUCAGCUGGACCAUAGGCGGAGGACCCUCAGUCGCCCUCGUCAUCAGCAACGUGCAAGACUAUUCUUUCGAGUCGGACUUGCCAGCCAGAUUGCGAGCUUUCUCGCCAGUGUAA